AUGGCAAACACCAACCACUUCGAACACUUCGACGUCGUUGUAGACACUUCAGACCACUUCUUUGCACAAGCCAAGAAGAAGAUCAAGAGACAGAAUCAGAGCGAUCAACUAGGGAGUCCCAUAGAAGAUUGCUUCACCAACGCAAGGAGUGACGUGUACAAGAGGAUCAUGAAAGAGUGGAAAGUCCUUGCCCACAACCUACCCGAAUCCAUCUACGUUAGGGUCUAUGAAAACCGCAUCGAUUUGCUUAGGGCAAUGAUCGUGGGCGCUGCAGGCACACCGUAUCACGAUGGUCUCUUCUUUUUCGACAUUGCAUUUCCACCUGAUUACCCGAGCCUGCCGCCAAAGGUUCAUUACCGCUCGUUUGGGUACAAAAUUAACCCGAACCUGUACACGAGCGGGGACGUGUGCUUGAGCCUCAUUAACACGUGGAGGGGAAAAAAGAAUGAGAAGUGGGACCCAUCAGGGUCCACCAUUCUUCAAUUGUUGGUGUCUCUCCAAGGCCUAGUCCUAAACGACAUGCCGUUUUUCAACGAGGCUGGAUCCGAGAUUCUGGGACGUGGAAUCUUCGAGAAGAAAGCAGAGGCUUACAACGAAACCGUUUUCAUUCUCAACUGCAAAACCAUGAUGUGCAUUAUUCAACGGCCUCCGCGGAACUUCGAAGGCUUCGUCGCUAGCCAUUUCCGUCAUCAAGCAUGUGCGGUUCUGAGCGCGUGCAACGACUACGUGAAUGGACGCGUGAGAAUUGGCUAUUACACGGAAAGCGAUGAGGGUGAUUUAUCAAGAGUCAGGGUUUCGGGGAAGUUCAAGGAGUCGAUAAGAGUGUUGUACCCUCAGCUAUUCGCGGCGUUUGUAAAGUGUGGGGCUACUUUGGAGAAUGGGGCGGAAAACUUGAAAAUGGAAAAGCGCGAUGGCUCGUCUAAGAAUUCUUCUGAUAGAAAGUAUAGAGUAGUUGUGAGGAAAGUGAUUGGGAAAAUAAGGAAGAUUUAUGCUUCCACGUUGAAGACUCGUGCAAAAUUUGAUAUCAACGUUAUUCGAGGACAAGCUGGUAAUGCAUCGCAUCUUCACGGUAAUACAAGUCUCCAAAGUUCGUGA